CGUGAGACAUUUUAUCGGCCGCCAUAUUGAUUCGGGUUUACUCGUCUAAUUUUGCGUGUAUAGGUUUUUUGCAAUUUCUACAGCUACUCUGGUAGUUACGGAUCAGCAAAGAUGGGAUCACUCUUCCGGAGUGAGGAGAUGACCCUCGCCCAGCUGUUCCUACAGUCAGAGGCAGCCUAUACUUGUGUGUCGGAGUUAGGGGACCUAGGUGUUGUCCAGUUCAGAGAUCUGAACCCGGAUGUAAAUGCAUUCCAACGGAAGUUUGUUAAUGAGGUCAGGCGGUGUGAAGAGAUGGAGCGAAAGUUGCGUUUCAUUGAGAAAGAGAUUAAGAAAGACGGUAUUCCGAUGCUGGAUACUGGAGAUAAUCCAGAUGCACCUGCUCCCAGAGAGAUGAUUGACCUUGAGGCAACAUUUGAAAAACUGGAAAACGAGAUGAAAGAGGUGAACACAAAUGCAGAAGCACUUAAGAGGAACUUCCUUGAGUUGACGGAAUUGAAGCACAUUCUCCGUAAGACGCAGGUCUUCUUUGACGAGGCCGCCUUCCUUCAAUCUGCCCAGAUGCAUGACCAGCCGAAGUCCGAGGAAGCACAGAACUUGCUAGGGGAGGAGGCUACACGUGCCGGUGGUCAGCCCUUGAAACUGGGGUAUGCGCGUCACUCGCUGAUUGUUUAGAACCCGAUUGUUCCUUAGCUGCACAGUGAAAGCGCAGGGUUAAUAGAUUGCGACUCCCCGAGUGAUUCCAAUAAUACCAAUAAUUUGGCUUUCUCUAACCUUGCAUACACGAUAGUUUUCAUGGCGUAAUACAUGGGACUGAUGGUACGCUUGUAUCAGCUGGUUAUUUAUAUUUAAGCUCAUGGUGUGGGGUUCAGUGUAGUGACAGUCGAUCAUUCAAUCCCGUUUACAUUUGCUGCCAAGUCAAUGCCAUGCCACAUGAACUGCCAUGCAACAUUAAUUUUAUGCAUUACCAACGGUCUGGUUUACCUUGACUGAAUUACUAGCUUAAGGAUACUCUCAAGGUUUUAGGAAAAAUUUUACCGAUUUUUAAUUUUCAACUUUAUUCGAUGGCUAA